AUGCAUUCCAUUUGUCGCGUCCGUGGUACCGGCGAUGCGAUCGUGGGGGAUCGUCGAAGUUUCUUCAACCAUUGAUGCGGGCGCCUGUUUCCUCUUUCGUCCUUAAAAAAAAAAAAAAAAAGUAGCUUGAUGAGUGUCCAAAGUAACAGUGGAAGUGGUGGAAGUUUGGAGGGGACGCCAUCUUGGUCCCAGGUCUCCGCGUCCCCAGCACCGGGUUUGCUUUCUCGGCAGCAUCCCGCAGCGCCGGUGAAGGCCAAGGAAGGUGCCAUGGACGAACUGCAGAGCCUGGAUCCCCGGAGGCAGGAGCUGCUCGAGGCCCGUUUUAUGGGGGCCGUCAGUGGCAGCACUGGAGGGAGCACCGGCAGCACCAGUGGGGGCGCUAAGGGCUUGACAAACAAUGAAUGUUCCAACCACAGUUUUGGAAGCCUUGGAUCGUCAAGCGACAAGGAAUCGGAGGGCUCCGACGUGAAGAGGGGCAGCUCUCCUGCAUACUCGACUCCCGACAAGAAGCACUCCGAGUCGUCAAGAGGCAGGAAGCGGAAGGCGGAGGGUCAGUCCGAGUGCAGCCAAGGGAAGUCCAUCGCCCGAGGAACCAAAAUUAGCGACUACUUUGAUUUCCAGGGGGGGAAUGGAUCCAGUCCUCUGAGGGGUGCACCCCCAGUCAUCCGCUCGCCCCAGAACUCACAUUCCCACUCUGCUCCGGGCUCCACGAUGAGACAAAACAGUUCAUCUCCUACUAGCCUGUCAUUUGGGGACCACAUGAUCCAUUCAAAGCAACUGUCAUUCAAAUGUGUUCAGACUGAUCUUACUGUGCUCAAGCUGGCAGCCCUCGAAAGUAAUAAGAACCUGGACCUUGAGAAGAAAGAAGGGAGAAUAGAUGAUCUGCUCAGGGCAAACUGUGAUCUCAGGAGACAAAUAGACGAACAGCAGAAGUUACUUGAGAAGUAUAAAGAGCGAUUAAAUAAAUGUAUCACCAUGAGCAAGAAGCUGCUUAUCGAAAAGAGCACGCAGGAGAAGCAGGCGUGCCGCGAGAAGAGCAUGCAGGACCGGCUGCGGCUCGGCCACUUCACCACAGUGCGACACGGCGCCUCCUUCACGGAGCAGUGGACCGACGGAUUCGCCUUCCAGAACCUGGUCAAACAGCAAGAGUGGAUCAACCAGCAGAGGGAGGAGAUCGAGAGGCAGAGGAAACUCCUGGCCAAGAGGAAGCCGCCAUCCGGCAGCAGCUCACAAGCGCCGGCCGCCAGCUCCGAGCCCAAGCAGAGGAAAGCCAAGGCAGUGAACGGCGCCGAGAGCGACCCGUUCAUCAAGCCCAGCCUGCCGCAGCUGUUAAGUGUAGCCGAGUACCACGAGCAGGAAGAGAUCUUCAAACUGCGGCUGGGGCAUCUUAAGAAGGAGGAAGCCGAGAUCCAGGCAGAAUUGGAGCGUCUUGAAAGAGUACGCAACCUUCACAUCCGGGAACUGAAGAGGAUAAAUAAUGAGGACAGCUCACAGUUCAAAGAUCAUCCGACCCUGAACGAACGAUAUCUACUGCUGCACCUGCUCGGACGGGGGGGCUUCAGUGAAGUUUAUAAGGCCUUCGACCUGUUUGAGCAGCGGUACACCGCGGUCAAGAUCCACCAGCUCAACAAGAACUGGAGGGAGGAAAAGAAGGAGAACUACCACAAACAUGCCUGUCGAGAGUACAGAAUACACAAGCAGCUGGAUCACCCUAGAAUAGUGAAGCUGUACGACUAUUUCUCUCUGGACACAGAUACGUUCUGUACGGUAUUGGAAUACUGUGAAGGCAACGACCUGGACUUCUACUUGAAGCAGCAUAAGCUCAUGUCGGAGAAGGAGGCGCGCUCCAUCGUCAUGCAGAUUGUGAACGCGCUGCGAUACUUGAACGAGAUCAAGCCGCCUAUCAUUCACUACGACCUCAAACCUGGUAACAUUUUGCUGGUGGACGGCACCGCCUGUGGGGAAAUCAAGAUCACGGACUUCGGCCUGUCCAAGAUAAUGGACGACGACAACUAUGGCGUGGACGGGAUGGACUUGACGUCACAGGGAGCGGGAACCUACUGGUACCUACCUCCCGAGUGUUUUGUAGUUGGCAAAGAACCUCCGAAGAUCUCCAACAAGGUGGAUGUUUGGUCUGUGGGGGUCAUCUUUUUCCAGUGUCUUUAUGGAAGGAAGCCAUUUGGCCACAAUCAGUCCCAGCAGGACAUCUUGCAGGAGAACACCAUACUCAAAGCCACUGAAGUUCAGUUCCCUGUCAAGCCUGUCGCCAGUAACGAAGCCAAGGGCUUCAUAAGGCGCUGUCUGGCGUACCGAAAGGAAGACCGCAUCGACGUGCACCAGCUCGGUAGUGACUCCUACCUGCUUCCACACAUGAGACGGUCCAACUCCUCAGGGAACUUGCAGAUGGGUGGUUCUGGCACCUCUGGUCCCGCCCCCUCCGGCAUCACCUCCUACUGAGAGCUCAGGCUCAGCGACAGUGUUCUUGACCCACCCCAACCCCCGAGGCCACGGCAACCACUCAGCAAGUGAAAAAGGACUAAGCCCCCCCCCCCGGGGGAGUCCUUCGGAUGUUGCUGUGACGACUCUUACUGCGUAGGCCACACUGGGCUACAUAUGGAUGUUUACUUUCAUGGAAUGAAAAUGGACGUUUAAACAAAACGACAAAAAAAAGAACUGACUUUUUUGUUUUUCCCCAUUUCAAGUGGGGCCUGUCAGAGGCCGCAGAUUCAACAGCACUGCGUCAAAGUAGCUUGAAACGUGACUCCUGUAAUUUGAGUUGUCUUGCUGGUUGGAUGACCUGGAAGACGGAGAGGGAAACAGAGCAGCCUGCUGUUUUAAGGUCUCUGCGCCCGCCCAGCACAGGGGAUUAAACCGCUGUGAGUUUAUUUCAGGAGUCCCGUGGUUCCCACAGCAGUCUUGCCGUCGGCGGCGAUGCGAGGAAAGGGAGUCUCGCUCUACGCCGAGCGCCUCCUUUGGGCCGUCUGGCAAACUGAGGACUCAGGGGCGGCCCCCUCCCUCAUGCAGGCUCGCACUGUGGAAUGCACAAAGUAACCAAAUGUAGACAAACUGCAAUGUAUAGAAUCCUAUGCAGGAAGAUUUAAAAAAGAAAUAAACCCUCUUAGAAAAUAAAUGUAUAUUUACUGUACAGGACUCAAUUUCAGUUAUUUUUGAAUUUCAGCAGAUUCUGUACAAUUUUUUUUUCUCCCUACUAUUCAUUGUAAAUCUCUUGAAAUGUGUUUAAUUUUUGCUGCUAUAGGUGUUUCACUUUGGAAUAAGGCAGCAUGGUUUAAGAUUUAGGUACAAGAUUGUACAGUUCUGAUGAAAAGAAAUACCAGUUACUGGGAAAAACACAGCAUGUUGAAAAUUGGAGACUUUGGCUGGAAGCUGUCCUGCGUGGGUUUUUUUUUUUUUUUUACUUUUGUUUUUUUUUUGUAUUUAAAUUGCAUCGCGUGGGGGAGUCGGGCAGCCAGCACCGAUUCAGCUUCAGCACUGCAGUGAGAUUGCUUCACUGCAGUAAAUCUCUUUAUCCGCCAUGGAAGUACCCGGACUGUGUGUCUGUGUUGGAUCGGGUGACACGACUUGGCGUGUCGGUGCUUCGCUGGACAGCAGAAUGCCACACAUUGUGGCCGCUCUGGAAGACGACAUAAUUUGAUGUAAUAACGUAAUAUGACGUUUCGGUCAAAUUUUGCCGUACCUGUCAACCUGUAUGUCCCUCCCAUUCUUCAGCGAUGACGAGCCUUGUGUUCACCUCGAGGUGCAAGGCCCCCCCCCCCCCACUGUACACAGAAAGGUACCUGGGAAAACCAUAAAGGAGGCAGUCGAAAUGGUCGACCGGUAAGACGCGAUCUGAGCGCCUCAACGUGCCUCGGCUUCCUGCUAACGUUUGUUGUCAUUAAAGAGAAUCCAUCAGCACUGGUUUUAA